GUUGUGGUGAACGCACCCGACUAUAACGCCAACAAUGGGUUCACAUUAACCACUUAUAAGCCCCCGAAUCCGACUAAAGGGUCCGGUUUGCACCGGUAUGUCAUACUGGCCUACAAUCAGACCGAACGCUUAACCCUUGAUCCGGACGACACUAAUCUGGAGAAAUUUGAUGUCAACCAGUUUGCCACACAGAAUAAGCUAGGUAAACCGUUUGCCGGUAACUUUUUCCAGGUUCGGGCUUAA